AUGGAAAGUAUAAAAGAUGACGCGAUACAUAACACUGCUAUGAAAUUAGCAGAGGAAUUAAAAAAUCUUUCUAUAUAUAAAUCGAUUUAUAGUGAUGUUCAGAAAUUAGUUUCCUCGCCAAAUGUAAACAAAGAAGAUUUUAAACAAAGUUUACAACAGGCUAUGAAAGAAAAGGGCUUAGAUACAAAGCUAAGAAACACAGUUUUUCAUUGGGUUAGAACACAGGGUAAACAAAGUAAGUUAGAUCCUUUAACGUCGUUGUCAAAAGCAAGUUUGCAAUGGGAGAAACGAAUACACAAGUCGCUUAAUUCAAUGUGUUCAGAUCUUGAGACGUCACUAGCAAAAAUAAGAUCUCAGAGCGAACAAGAAGAACUUACGGAAAAAUGGAAUGAACUUAGCACUUACAGUUUAGAUUUAUCAAAAUAUAGACCAGUUUACGCGCCAAAAGACUUUUUAGACGUUUUACUAACCUUAUCAGGUUACGUUCCGUUUACAAGAGAAGACGAGCCGAAAUGGGAAUUCUCGCAUCUACCUCUACAAGUAAAAAAUUUAGAGCAAUUGAGAAAAAUCUACGUGGAGUGGUCUAAUGGUGAACCGUUACUGGGAGUGAAUCCUAACAUGCCCAGCACUGUGCCAGGUUUCGCUACUCUAGAGGCCGAACGCAUCGGUCUAGGAGAGAGAGUCUCCGCUCUAGGAUACGCUCCUGUCAUACAGGAGUUUCUAAAGAAGGGAAGCCCACAGUGUUUGCGAGCGAAACUUUGGUCUCAGGUUUUGGGAGCGGAAGUUAAGCAACAACAAAUAGCGUACUUCAAUCAGUUACAGAAGAGCGUUUUGGAAGUCGACUUGAUGAUCGACAAGCUUAUAUUUAAAGAUGUACAAUUGACAGCCUCGAAUGAUGAUCAGUACUUCGUGUUCGAGGAUUUGCUUUAUCAGGUGAUGCUGUGUUUCUCUCGCGACGGCGAGGUGUUGUCUCGUGCUCGCUCGUCCGCGCUGACUGUACCCGUGCGGGGACGAAAUGAGAGGACCGCCUUCCCGCCCAGCGGAGUGGUGCCGUUCCAUGGAUUCACCAUGUACGCGACACCAUUUUGUUAUCUUUACGACGACCCGGUUCAACUCUACUAUAUAUUUCGCGGUUUCUACAUUCGUUAUUGGCACAGACUGCAUUAUAUUUCAACGCAUCCACAGGGUAUAGUGUCAUUGUGUCUUCUUUACGAGAGGUUACUUGAAGCUCACGAACCUUUGCUGUGGAUACAUUUCCGUAACAUUAAUAUAAAUCCUAUCCGUGUUGUGUUUAAAUGGAUAAUGCGAGCUUUCAGUGGACAUCUGCCGCCCGACCAACUCUUACUUCUCUGGGACGCGAUACUUGGAUAUGAUUGUCUGGAAGUCUUACCUCUAUUAGCUGUAGCCAUAUUAAGUUUCAGGAAGGAGAAUAUUUUUCAGGUAAACACGUUACAAAAUGUUGAUGCUGUGCUAGCGGACCUGUCGACCAUCUCGGUCGUACCUUUAUUACAAUUGGCUUUGAUGAAAUCGUAA